AAAGAAAGUGCCAGAAAAAGCUACAAAGCAACCUGAAACUUUCCUAAGUGCCGCAUACAUGCAACUAUAACCCAUUUUUUCCCCCAUUCCCAACUACUAAAGGCCCAGCACAGUCGCCACAAACGCAAAUGAGGAUGUUAAGGAGGUCCCUGGUGGAAAGGGCUGAGCUGGAUGCCAGGGUCUCCGAGAAGCACCGGGACCUGGAGAACUAGGCUACCAGUCGGCGGUGAGAGCCCAAGAUAGGAGGUACUUGAGGACCUGAGUCAUCCAGCGUGCAGGUGUUCAGCAGUCCAGGCUUGGGUGGGUGGGAAGGGAAAGGACGUGAGUGAGGGGCUACACACGGACUCAGAGAACAUCAAGGGCCUCGGAGAAAAGUGCAGAGGUCGAGAGCCGCAGCUCGCCGACCCCCCUCCUUCGCUUUUGCGCAGAAUCCUCCCUUUGGCUGCAGCAGCGCGCUGCCCCCACUGGCCGGCGCGCCGUGAUCGACCGCAGGCUGCGUCAGAGUCCUCGCGGCGUAUAAAUAGGGGUGGCAGGACGGCGCCGAGCCGCACACAGCCAUCCAUCCUCCCCUUUCCCUCUCUCCCCCGUCCUUGUCUUUCUCUCUUCCAGGCCCGGUCUUGGCCGGAGGGGCCCCGGCAGCCAAUAUGAGUUCGUACAGCUACGAGCCGUACUACUCCACCUCGUACAAGCGGCGCUAUGUGGAGACGCCCCGGGUGCACAUCUCCAGCGUGCGCAGCGGCUACAGCACCGCGCGCUCCGCUUACUCCAGCUACUCAGCACCCGUUUCCUCCUCGCUGUCCGUGCGCCGCAGCUACUCGUCCAGCUCCGGCUCCUUGAUGCCCAGCCUGGAGAACCUCGACCUGAGCCAGGUGGCCGCCAUCAGCAACGACCUCAAGUCGAUCCGCACGCAGGAGAAGGCUCAGCUGCAGGACCUGAACGACCGCUUCGCUAGCUUCAUCGAGCGCGUGCACGAGCUGGAGCAGCAAAACAAGGUGCUGGAAGCCGAGCUGCUGGUGCUGCGCCAGAAGCACUCUGAGCCAUCCCGCUUCCGGGCCCUGUACGAACAGGAGAUCCGGGACCUGCGCCUGGCUGCCGAAGACGCCACCAACGAGAAGCAGGCGCUCCAGGGCGAGCGCGAAGGGCUGGAGGAGACUCUGCGCAACUUGCAAGCGCGCUAUGAAGAGGAGGUGCUGAGCCGCGAGGAUGCCGAGGGCCGACUGAUGGAGGCGCGCAAGGGCGCCGACGAGGCGGCACUGGCUCGCGCCGAGCUGGAAAAGCGCAUCGACAGCCUGAUGGACGAGAUCGCGUUUCUAAAGAAAGUACACGAAGAGGAGAUCGCUGAACUGCAGGCUCAGAUCCAGUACGCGCAGAUCUCCGUGGAGAUGGACGUGUCCUCCAAGCCCGACCUCUCCGCCGCCCUCAAGGACAUCCGCGCCCAGUAUGAGAAGCUGGCCGCCAAGAAUAUGCAGAACGCCGAAGAAUGGUUCAAGAGCCGCUUCACCGUGCUGACCGAGAGCGCCGCCAAGAACACCGACGCUGUGCGCGCCGCCAAGGACGAGGUGUCUGAGAGCCGCCGCCUGCUAAAGGCCAAGACGCUUGAGAUCGAAGCAUGCCGGGGCAUGAAUGAGGCUCUGGAGAAGCAGCUGCAGGAGCUGGAAGAUAAGCAGAACGCCGACAUCAGUGCUAUGCAGGACACGAUCAACAAACUAGAAAAUGAACUGAGAACCACGAAGAGCGAAAUGGCAAGAUACCUGAAGGAAUACCAAGACCUCCUCAAUGUGAAAAUGGCUUUGGAUAUUGAGAUUGCAGCUUACAGGAAACUCCUGGAAGGUGAGGAGACCCGGCUCAGUUUCACCAGCGUGGGCAGCAUAACCAGUGGCUACUCCCAGAGCUCCCAGGUCUUCGGCCGAUCUGCCUACGGCGGCUUACAGACCAGCUCCUACUUGCUGUCUGCCCGCUCCUUCCCGACCUACUACACCAGCCACGUGCAGGAAGAGCAGAUUGAGGUGGAGGAGACCAUAGAAGCUGCCAAAGCAGAGGAAGCAAAGGACGAGCCUCCCUCGGAAGGAGAGGCCGAGGAAGAGGAGAAGGAGAAGGAAGAAGGAGAGGAAGAGGAGGGAGCCGAGGAAGAAGAAGCCGCCAAGGAAGAAUCUGAAGAUGCAAAGGAGGAAGAGGAAGAAGGAGGUGAAGGUGAGGAAGGAGAAGAAACCAAAGAAGCUGAAGAGGAUGAAAAGAAAGAUGAGGGUGCUGGAGAAGAACAAGCGACCAAGAAGAAAGAUUGAGCCCCACGUCCCCUUGCCUAUUCCAGCAAGAAUUCUCCCACAAUCAGGUCAACCUCAUCACCAACCAACCAGUUGAGUUCCAGAUCUUCUAUGAAUUAAGAAGUCAAUAUAUGUAUAAUUCUGAGAUGAGUUAGGUUGGACAUUCAAUGUUGUGCUAUGAAUUUGCUCCUUAAUGCAGAGUAUCUGUUUGCUUGCAGAGUGGCUUUCUGGCUUGCUGCCAGCCUGUGCAUGGUCCAUGCUUAUGAGUUCAGGAUCUAUGGCAAUGUGAACCAUUCAGAUGUUUACAAUAAAAAAAAAAACAACACGAAUCAAUGAACUAUUUAUGUUAAUGUUAAUCUUCAUGGAAAAAUACUCGUUUGAACCUUUGGUGGCUAGAAAUUAAAGACCUUGAGUUAUGUGCAAUAAACAGUAAAUAAAGUUACACUGAAUGA